UAAUUUAUUCGCAAAAAGCCCCAAACAGUACGAUAGCUCAAGUCAAAUUCAAACAUUACUUUGCGGGUGUCGGUCACACUUUUCUUUACAACAGCUGACUGUGAACAAACGUGUGAAUGGUCAGACGCCAUUACGUUACGUGCUGACGAGUCGUGUACGUGUACAAUAAAAACAGGGGAAAAAAGGAAAAUAUAUGUGAGGUACAGAGAGAGAACAGUCAAAAUUAACUGUGUCGAUGUCGAACGAUAAAACAUAAAACGCAAAUAAACUAGAAAUAACAAAAUAGCUAACGUUCACGGAAAUAGACCAGCGAAACAAUCAACAUUAACAUCUUUCUCGAGACUAUCAGCCAAUUGGCUGGCUUUGCAACCAACUGCAACAACAUGCAGCUGCUAAUUUCAAGUGUUUGCAUGGCGCUGACCAGCGCCGUAAUUGGCAACGCCUACUACCAGAAACAGCAGUUCUAUCCGGCAGUUGUGUAUAUCACCAAAUCCAAUGCAUCCAUGGCGGUAAUCUACAUACAAUUUUUUGUGAUAGUCUUUAUGUUCGGCAAACUCUUGCGCAAGAUAUUCCUGGGCACGUUGCGUGCUGCCGAAUUUGAGCAUCUGCUUGAACGUUUUUGGUAUGCAUUGACAGAGACAUGCUUGGCAUUUACCGUAUUUCGAGACGACUUCAAUCCUCGAUUUGUGGCGCUUUUUACAGUGCUACUAUUUCUCAAAUCAUUCCAUUGGCUUGCCGAGGAACGCGUUGACUUUAUGGAGCGUUCUCCAGUGCUGGGCUGGUUGUUCCAUAUACGCGUCGGCAGUCUGUUAACAAUGCUGGGCAUCCUUGAUUAUGUGUUGCUAAUGCAUGCCUACAACUCAACGCUUGUGCGUGGGCCGACUGUGCAGCUAGUGUUCGGCUUUGAGUAUGCGAUUCUGUUAACGGUAAUUGCCAGCACGGCCAUAAAAUAUGUGCUACAUGCUGCAGAGAUGCGUACCGAUACGCCCUGGGAGAAUAAGGCCGUAUUUCUUUUGUAUACGGAACUUGUUAUUGGAUUGAUCAAGGUGGUAUUGUACCUGCUCUUCGUUGUUAUUAUGGCAAAGAUUUAUGCACUACCCAUGUUCGUCUUCCGGCCAAUGUUCUUUACCAUACGCAAUUUCCGCAAGGCUCUCAACGACGUUAUCAUGUCUCGACGAGCAAUUCGUAACAUGAACACCUUGUAUCCGGAUGCUACGCCCGAAGAACUGCGACAGUCAGACAAUAUUUGCAUCAUUUGUCGCGAAGACAUGGUUAAUCACUCAAAGAAGUUGCCGUGCGGUCACAUCUUCCAUACAACCUGCCUACGCUCCUGGUUCCAACGCCAGCAAACUUGUCCCACUUGUCGCCUCAAUAUACUGCGUACACCCACAGUGAAUUCUACGGCCAUUCCCCGGCCAGCUGACGAGCCAGCGAAUGCAGCAGCAGCAGCUCCUGCUGCUGGCCCACCAGGAGCUGGCGCGAAUGCUGCAAUAAUUAAUCCAACAGCAGCAGCAACACAUGAGACCGCUCAGCCACAUCCAAAUGGCACAGCGAUGCGGAAUCCCGCAGUACCCAAUUUUGCAGAUAUCUUCGCCGAAACUAAUAACUUGGGAAAUGGAAUACCAAACCUAGCUGGUAUACCGCCGCCUCCUAUGCUUUCUCCGUUUAUGAUGCAGCCGCCUUUUGCCUACUUUACACCUCCAAUAGUACCGCCACCACCGAUGCCGCAGGAUCUCAAUGCGUUCAAUGAGGAAGAGUUGCUCUCUAUGGAGGGCAACCUACGAAAACACAUUGAGGAACGCAUUAAGAUGCUACGAAAUAUUUCGCUAAUGGUGGAUUCGGCUAAUAUUUUAAUGCAACAAUAUCAGGGGAUAAUUGCGAGGCUACCGCCGCCUGUACACGUAUUGCCACCAAACCCAACUGUGGCAGCUCAAAGCGUACCAGUGGCAACAGAUGCAGCAACAGCAGUUGGGCCAGCAACAACAUUAACAUCAGCACCAGUUUGUGAUAAGCCAAGCACAUCAAGAGCAUCGGCAGUGGAGGUUAAAUCGCACGAGGGGCAUCAGAACAGCGUUACUACAAGUAACACUGUGGUAAAUGCCUCAGAAAAAGUUACUAUUGAAGAUUUGGGCGCUGAGGAGGAUAUUGUACCGUCCAAUGAUGAAGCUUCUCUUGAUGUUGAUAGCGAGGACAGCUCCGAGCUGAGCGAGCUCCGAAAGCGACGAUUGAAAUUUCUGGAGGAACGCAACAAAUCACCAACUACUAGCGACAAAGCAGAUUAGAAUUUGAACUGAAUGUAAUCAGCAGCAGCAGCAGCAGCGCAACAGCCUUUAACGCCCACCUUGCUCUCACACGUGCAUCUAGCAACUCGAUGUGUAUUCUAUGAAUGGAUAUUGAUUUUAGCUUAUAUUACAUUGAUCCUUUAUCUUUCCAAAAUUCCUUUGACU